ACAUUCUCAAGCAAACUCAUCACACAACAAAAUCGUAAGAAGAAAGAGUGAAACAUGGCUAAUCACAAAAAUAUUUUCUUCCUAUGUUUCUUAAUAGGUUUAGGGUUAUGUUCUGCAAGACGAGCACUUCUUUCCUCCUAUGAACCCGAGGAUGAAGUCGCCGGAUACGGCGAGAAAAGUAGUUUGCAUGCUGGUUAUGGUAUUGGAGUUGAUGCUGGUGUUGGUGUUGGUGGUGGCGGCGGAGAAGGAGGUGGUGCUGGUUACGGUGGAGCUGAAGGCAUUGGUGGAGGAGGAGGCGGUGGACAUGGUGGUGGUGCUGGUGGAGGUGGUGGUGGUGGUCCUGGAGGAGGAUCUGGUUAUGGAGGUGGAAGCGGUGAAGGUGGUGGAGCUGGAUACGGAGGCGGAGGAGCUGGAGGACAUGGUGGAGGUGGAGGAAGCGGAGGAGGUGGUGGUGGAGGAGCUGGCGGUGCGCAUGGUGGUGGAUACGGUGGUGGAGAAGGUGCUGGUGCUGGAGGAGGAUAUGGAGGUGGCGGUGCAGGUGGACAUGGAGGUGGUGGAGGCGGUGGAAAUGGAGGUGGUGGAGGAGGUGGAGGUGCACAUGGUGGUGGAUACGGUGGUGGAGAAGGCGCUGGUGCUGGAGGAGGAUAUGGAGGUGGCGGUGCAGGUGGACAUGGAGGUGGUGGAGGCGGGGGAAAAGGAGGCGGUGGAGGAGGAGGUUCUGGCGCCGGUGGAGCUCACGGUGGUGGUUAUGGUGCCGGAGGUGGAGCUGGAGAGGGAUACGGUGGUGGUGGUGGAGAAGGAGGACACGGUGGUGGAGGAGGCGGUGGUGGUGGAGCUGGAGGUGGCGGAGGAGGAGGUGGAGGUUAUGCAGCUGCUGGAUCUGGACACGGUGGCGGUGCUGGUAGGGGAGAAGGCGGUGGUGGCUAUUAACACCGUGAAAUUAUCUAUGUGGAGCGUAAGGGCCAUUGAGUAAAGUGUCAUAUAACUCGUAAGAGACUAUAUUUACACCAUAUAUGUGGUAAUAAGUACGCAAGUCCUCUGUAUAAUAAGCCCUAAAAAUGGCUAUUGUUGAAGUUUCUAAUUGUACCAAUGCUGUAUGCUGCUUCGUGUGUAUCAAGUUUAUAUAAACGAAAAUGAAGAUAUCAUGAGUGUUCCUGUUUUCA